AUGCGCGACCAUAUAAAGAUCAAUCGGAGAUCAAUCAGAACCGAUCUUGAUUUCGUGCCUUACUUCCCGUUUCCUCCGUUACUUGCCGAAGAAAAGAUGAGCAAACUACUAGUUGUCUUCGGCGCUACCGGCCAGCAAGGAGGAUCUGUCGUUGAGACCGUCCUCAAUGACCCCCAGCUGUCAAGUGAAUAUCGCAUUCGGACACUUACUCGCGACCCCAGCAAGCCCGCUGCUCAGAAGUUAGCUCAGAAAGGAGUGGAAGUGCUGCAAGCAGAUUUGGAUGAUGUUGCUAGUCUCGAAAGGCUCUUCAGGGGCGCCAAUGCCGUCUUUGCGGUCACCGAGACAGUGCACGACGAGCAGACGAAGGCGCGCGACUACGCCCGUGGAAAAGCUCUGGUCGAUGCCGCGUCGGCUGCCGGAGUUGAAUUCUACAUUUACAGCACCCUUCCCGCCAUUACCAAGAUCUCCAACAACAGAUUCAAACAUGGCGAGCAUUUCGACGUCAAGGCUGAAGUAGAGGACUAUAUCCGCUCUCUGCCGAUCCGCAGUGCCUUCGUCUCUCCCGGGUCGUUCAUGCAGAACUUCCUGGGCAUGAUGGUUCCCGUGCCCGUUGGCGAUGGUACCUUUGCUGUCUCGAGUGUCGUUACGCCAGAGACCCGGCUGCCUAUGCUUGAUGCAGCGGCGGAUAUGGGCAAAUUCGUUGCCCCGAUGCUCCUUGACCCGGCCAAGUACCAGGGUCGAGUCGUUCACGCUGCAACCAAGCUGUAUUCCAUGAACGAGAUUGUAAAGGUCAUGAGCGACAAGAGUGGCAAGGUCGUCAAGUACAAUCAGCUCCCUGUGAAUGUGUUCAAGAGUUUCAUGCCGCCUCUGGUUGCAGACAGAGUUGUGGACAUGAUGCUCUACAUUCAAGACUUUGGCUGCUGGGGCCCAGAAACUGAGAAGAUCCUGGCGGCAAGCGUCGCGGAAGCGCAUGGGGAACCGACUACUCUGGAGGAGUUUUUUGACAAGCACGGUGUCCAUCUUCAAUCCGGUCCGUGA